AUGGAUGAAGUGAUGGAGCUGCGGACGGACGGGAACUCCCUGCUAAAGGCGGUGUGGCUAGGCAGACUCCGGCUGGCCAGACUCUUGCUGGAAGGUGGGGCCUACAUCAAUGAAAGCAACGAGAAGGGAGAGACCGCUCUCAUGGUGGCCUGCCUCACUAAACACGUGGACCAGCAGAGUACCAGCAAAGCCCGGAUGGUGAAGUACUUGCUGGAUAACAGGGCUGAUCCCAACAUCCAGGACAAAGCCGGCAGAACAGCCCUGAUGCACGCAUGCCUCAAAGGAGCCGGGGAAGAAGUCGUUGCUCUGCUGCUGGAGAAUGGAGCAGACCCGAGCCUAGAAGAUCAUUCGGGAGCGUCUGCUCUGGUUUAUGCUGUCAACGCAGAUGACAAGGACGUGCUAAAACAUCUCCUGAAAGCCUGCAAAGCUAAGGGGAAGGAGGUGAUCAUUAUAACUAUGGACAAAUCCUCGGCGGGUGCCAAAGCUACCCAACAAUACCUCCACGUCCCGCCAUCGCCAGAACUGGAGGAGAGGCAGGGCCCGGGCGUGUGCAUGACGCCUUUGGAGAGUGAGCUAAAAGCAUCCACUUCAGGGUCUUCAGUGGCUGCGAAGGAAGAGCCCUUCUCCCGCUUCCAUUCCGCGCGUGCCAGUGGCUGCCAGCUGGCCAAGGCCCUUCACGAGCACUGGUCUCCUACCAGGAAAUUCUGCAACCCCAAAAGAGCCCGUUUGCCGCAGCUGAAGAGGCUGCAGUCAGAACCAUGGGGCUUGAUUGCACCUUCUGUUCUAGCCUCCUCCGCCCAUGCAGACGAGGCCAAGAAGGUGUGUACAGAUGAUGAAAUCAUCCUGGGCAUCAAUGACUUAUUGCUCUCCAGAAAGGUUUCCUUACCCAGGAACGGCAGCAGUAAGAGCAAAGACCCGUCUCUCUUCCCUUUGGUGGAUGACCAGGCUCUGAAGAUCCCACCAACUUCUGUGCCAGGAUCAAGGAAACCAUCCUAUGAAAAAGCUCAGCCCCUUCCUCAGCGCGUAGCCAGGAGGAGCGCGGUCCCCGCUGAGCCGGAGAACACCAACGCUGCCGGCUCGGGCGCCGCACCCUUCAAAGACACCCUGCACCGGAGGAGGCUGGGCACUGCGCAUUACGAUUCGGAUUCACAGCUCUACUGCGACUCCAGCUCCAUUCUGGCUGAUUCAGGAAAGGUGCCUUUGGAGAGAAAACAGCUCAACAGUUCCCAUUUGGCUUUGCUCAAUGGCUCCCAGGAAUCCCUGGACAGCGCUCCCAGCACUUCUCCUGGGAUGGUUCGCCGCAGGCCACCCAACUUGCUGGAAAGACGGGGCUCUGGAACUCUCCUGCUCGAUCACAUUUCUCAUACAAGACCAGGGCAUUUGCCUCCUUUGAAUGUAAACCCCAACCCACCAAUUCCCGACAUCGGCUCUAACAGCAAACCGUCUUCCCCGCUCGCUGGGGGCUUCAAACCCAUGGUCCCUGCUGCUCCAAGCUCACCGAGACGGGGCGACUGGCGAGCCAAAAAGAAGCUGCUUCGAAGACACUCGAUGCAGGUUGAGCAGAUGAAACAACUCUCCAAUUUUGAGGAAAUAGUGGCCCAGUAG